AUGGUACUUGCAGUCCCAGUUGAUUUGCAGUUUAGGAAUAGUCUGGUUAGAAAGACAAAGGUCAGUGUUAACCUUGAUCGGUGGAGAGACAAUAUGAGCAAUCAAGAAGUGGCCAUUUUGAAUGUGGGAGGCUCAAAAUUUACAACAUGGGCUUCCACCCUGCGGAGGUUCCCAGAGUCCAGGUUAGCACGGAUGUUGAAUGGCAAUGACCACGAAUUCAGGCUGGUGAAUGGACAAUUCUUUGUGGACAGAGAUGGAACUUUGUUUAAUUACAUCCUAGAUUUUUUGAGGACACUCCAGCUUUCUCUGCCCACUGACUUUUCAGACUAUCAGAGGCUGCAAAGAGAAGCGGACUUCUAUGAGCUCCACUCCCUGGCUGAUCUCCUGAGCCAGGAAAACUUGCUGAAGCCGAGACCAGAGAUCUUGGAAGUGCGAUUCUUGCUCCAGGAAACUCAGGCCUUUUUUCGAGUCUUUGGCUCUUGCAGCAACACUAUUGAGAAGCUCCUCACUCCACUUCCUUUGGAGAGACCUUCUCAUCAUGACCUGGUUUUUCAAUGUGGCACUGACUAUUCUGCUGGUGACCAGUUAGUGGCAAGGUGCACUGUUGACAGAAUUGUUUACACGGUUCCAGUUGGUUACAUUGGGGCAGUCCUAUAGAUUGUGAUUGCACAGGUAUAAGUGAAGGUCUCAUUCGGCCUGCAAAACCUUCAUGAAGGGUGCUGGUGUGUAGGAAGGGAAGAAGCCUGGUUGACUGAGACUGGGGUGCCUUGGUAAACCUGCUAGCCAGAAAAAAACAUGCUUACUUGUAAACUGAGUUCUUCCUUAAAGAAAUCUUGGUGAGAAUAAACAAUGGCACAGCACAAUAGAAUUCCUACUGUCACUUUUUCGAGUAGAACCACAGUGUGAAAGUUGGCCAGCCUGUCAUAUGCAUCAGAGCUAGGAAUAGAACCUUGGUCUCCUGAGUUUCAGCAGUCCCACCUUCUCUCUCUCUCUCUCUCUAAGUAAAUGUGAAUAGAUUUUUGUCAUAUUUGAGCUGCUCCAUUUUGUUGUUUUAAAAUUGGAGUUUGUAGCCACUGACUUCAUCUACUCUUCUCCCCUGUCCAGUCCUAGGAGAUGGUCCAUAUUUAAACGGAUCUUUUGGUCACAGCAAAUAAGGUUUUUUUCCCCCCUCAUAGUAAUGUCAAUAAGUCUUCUUGAGGUGAGCAUCAUGCUGCAUAGAAGGGGUUUUGUUUAAGUUACUGACACUUUCUCUCUCCCCCCCCCCCCCCCCCCCCCGGCAAUUCUCCUCUAAAUAUAGCAAAUGAGUUGUAGACUGCCCUAAAUUUUGGUAUUCAGUAACAUGUAUGGUGUAUCUGCAGACCUGAGGUGUCCCUGCAGUCAUGUCUGAGGGCUUGUCUACACUACCGCGUGCUGUUGAUCUAAGAUACGCAACUUCAGCUACGUGAAUAGCGUAGCUGAAGUCGACGUACUUAGAUCUACUUGCUGCGGUGUCUU